AUGGCCUCAGCUGUGGACUUCGGCUGCUCCAUGUUGCUGAGCAGCUGGAACAGCAGCGCGAGCAGCUCAGGAGCCUCCGCGCCCUGCAACCAGAGUGUCCGAGCCCUGGCUCCCUACUCCCCUGAAGCCACGGCAGCCUUUGCCACCGCCAUAACCCUGAUGGUUAUCUUCACCAUCUUUGGAAACAUCAUGGUCAUCAUUGCUGUCCUGACCAGCCGGUCCCUCCGUGGUCCACAAAAUCUGUUCCUGGUGUCCCUGGCUGCUGCAGACAUUUUAGUGGCCACCCUCAUCAUCCCCUUCUCUCUAGCGAAUGAGCUGCUUGGCUACUGGUACUUCAAGUCUCUGUGGUGUGAGAUCUACCUGGCGCUGGACGUGCUCUUCUGCACCUCCUCCAUUGUGCACCUGUGCGCCAUCUCAUUGGACCGCUACCUGUCCGUCUCCAGGGUCACUUAUGGACGCCAGCGAACUCCCAGGCUCAUCAAAGGUGCCAUUGUGGUGGUGUGGCUCAUUUCUGCCAUCAUCUCCUUCCCUCCACUGCUCUCACUCAACAAGAGUGAGGGGGGCAACCGGGGGAGUGAGAGAGGACCUCAGUGCCAGCUGAAUGAUGAGCGCUGGUACAUCUUAUACUCCACCAUCGGCUCCUUCUUUGCGCCAUGCCUCAUCAUGAUUCUGGUUUAUAUAAGAAUUUAUCAAAUAGCCAAGCAGAGAACCCGCUGUCCACCAGGAGAGCCCAGGAAGGACGGGGUGGGUUGUGCAACCCCAAUUCAACCUUCACGGCACAUACAAGCCAAUGGGAAGGACAAAGAAGACAGUAUUCCUCCUUCAUGUGAAAAAACCUCAAACCCCAGACCCCCCACUCUUGCCAUAACCCCAUCUCCAUCUCCAGGAGACUCUCAAACUUCUCCAAAUCCCACAGCCAAUAAUCUCCUCCAGCCUCCAUCCCCAUCUCCAGCUAUGUCUCCUGUCACCUCUCUAGACACCUCUCCACGUGGUCCUUCAUCCCCCUCCUCUGCACCUCAGUCUGAACCAAAGACUAAAAAGGGGGGCAAGAAGGGCAAGCGUAUGAGGGGGAGAAAGGCUGAUAAUAAUAAUGGUGACAGCUCAAGCACAGACAGUGAUAUGGAGCACAGCCAAGGAGGGGGCCGCGGCAGUGCCAGCAUGCCAGGCUCACCAGCUGGUGGAGGGGUCAACUCUCCAGCCUCAGUCAAGCGCUACCGUGACAUGAUUGCUACUUCAAAGGGGGCUCGGCUGAUGCCUGGGAGAAAGUCAAAAACAGACAGCAACCCUGGAGCUUCCAGGCGCAAAGCAAUGGUCAACAGAGAGAAACGCUUCACUUUUGUCCUGGCAGUGGUCAUCGGUGUGUUUGUAGUUUGCUGGUUCCCCUUCUUCUUCUCCUACUCUCUACAAGCAGUGUGCCCAGAGACCUGCGUCAUCCCAGAACCCCUUUUUACAUUUUUCUUCUGGAUUGGCUACUGCAAUUCCUGCCUCAACCCAGUCAUAUAUACCAUCUUCAACAAAGACUUCAGAAAGGCUUUCAAAAAGAUCCUGUGUGGAGGCACCAAGGGGACCUUCUUUUAGCAUAUGAAUACGCUUCAUGAGACACAAACAGAAAAAAAAAGCCUUUUCUGAGACAUAAAAGAAUAAUCAUUUCCAUUUUUCAA